AAUGUGCGAGAAAAGAAGGCGCAAGGCGGACGUUGUGCGGGUUUCCCCAACCGAUUUCCCUUCCUCCUUUCCCAACCAAUCGCCUCUACUCUGUGUCAUCAUCAUCAUCAGCCUUCCCCAUGCGAUGUGCAGCUGUUGAGGCGUGAUCGAGACAACAGCCAACACAGGCAGGGUAGCUCGCUGCUGCCACUGGUGCUGCUGUGAUGAUGGCCGUGCGUGUGCAUGCGCGCUGUGCACCGUGUUUGGGGCUGCGCCGAUGAAGACAAGGAAGGACACGGCCCGUGCCCGCCACUCUUCCCUCUUCGUCUUCUCUUUCUGCUCCAUCAGCGAUGACGAUGGUGGCCGUGGCAUGUGGUUGCGGUUCCCUUGUUUGGCUUCGCUGUGGCCCAUCCGCUGGCUGGCUGGCUGCAUCAGGCACAGCAGGCAACACACGGCGGUGGAUGCUGGAUUGGAUUGGCUGGGGUUGACUGGCCGUUGUGUCGUGUCGCCCAUAUCUCUCUCCCUCCGUUGCUCAUCUCAACUGGGAACACACACGGCCGUGUGUGCGUGCGUGUGUGUGUGUGUGCGUCGCCAUCAACCACGCCGACAGCGACACGAUGCACGAGAUGUGUGUGUGUGUGUGCGCGUGUGCCAGGCACAUGCGUUGAUCGACGACGAGAGAGAGGAGCCCAUCCACAUCCAACACCCAUGCCCACGCAUCCAGGCAUGACACGCCAUGGCGAGCUGUGCCACCUCAACCAACCCAACUCAACCCAGGCCAAGGAAAGGAAGAGGGGAAGCAAGGACAGAAGACG